AUGUCUAAGCUGAAAAUCUUUGAAAAAGGCGCGUCAGAGGUGAGGUCAUCCUUUGAAGAAUACUUAGCACUUGACAAACUGAUGAACAAGGAACUAAUAACAAAAGAAAAUGUACAUCCAUUCACCUACAUACUAGCAAUCAAUCAGUAUAAAAAAGGUGAAAACAGAUCAAAAUCACUGCAAUGGCCAGUAAACGUACAGAUUUGCUCUGCACUGAAAGAGGGAUUGUGUUUAUGUUUCGAUAAUAUCAAACCUACAAAGAAAAGAUUUUUGGUGGCAUUGGACAUUGGUAGAUCGAUAGAAAAAAGUGUUACCGUUGUGGGAUCUCCAGCUUUACAAAUACUGGACGUUGCAGCAUUUAUGCUGUCACUGACAAUAAGAACAGAAGAAAAUUACCAUGCAAUAGUUUUCUCGAACAACAGAGCAGCAGCUUUGCCCAUCAGACCCGAUGAUGAUAUCGAUGUGGUAGCUGAUAAAAUAAGGGAAUUCAGAGGUCCAACGAGUGACGUUAUUGCUGAUGCUUCUCUGCCCUUCAAGUACGCAAUUAAAAAUAAAAAGAAAUGUAAUGUUUUCAUCAUUUACACAGAUUCUUUUGGUACUUUAGGAACUCCACAUCCGGCACAAACAUUUCAAUUCUAUCGACAAUCAUCAAACAGUCCUGAUGCCAAAUUGAUUGUCUGUAAUUUGGCCUGUUCUCAUGUAUCUAUCGGAGACAUAGAAGAUCAACACACUUUAACAGUGUGUGGAUUUGAUUCUUAUGUUCCACAUAUCAUAUCUUAUUUUGUUAGCAAUGUAUUUUAA